CUGACGUCUGUUUACCACUACCAGCCCACGUCUCCUGCGCAUGCGCUGAAGAGGUGUCUGGGAAAUGGAGUUAGUCGUAUGAUGUUACACCGAAUGUGUGCUGUAAACAGGGAUGGCGGAAAUCCAGAGAAAGCUCUCGGAUCAUCCAUAGCAGCAGAAAGUGAAGAAGUUUCAUGAUGUCUCAAAGUCUGGAUCUGAAAUCAUAUUGCAUUGGUACCUGUCAAUGGGUGGGAUAUAUUAAGCAGCAAGUGAACAGUCAGCUCUCAAAGUUGAUGUGUUGGAAGCAGAAAAAAUGGGCAGGCGUAAGGAUCUGAGCGACGUGAGGCAUGGGAGCAUCAGAACUGGACCAUGGAGCAAUGGAAGCAGGUGGCCUAGUCUGAUGACUAGUCUGGUCACGUUUUCUUUUACAUCAUGUGGACGGCCGAGUGUGUGUAUCGCUUACCUGGGGAAGAGAUGGUACCAGGAUGCACUAUGCAAGCUGGUGGAGGAAGUGUGAUGCUGUGGGCAAUGUUCUGCUGGGAAACCUUGGGCCCUGGCAUUCAUGUGGAUGUUACUUUGACACAUAUCACCUACCUAACAUUUUUUACCAAGUACACCCUUUCAUGGCAAUGGUAUUCACUAAUGGCAGUGACCUCUUUCAGAAGGAUAAUGUGCCCUGCCACACUGAAAAAAUUGUUCAGGAACGGUUUGAGGAACUUGACAAAGUGUUCAAGUUUUGACUUGGCCUCCAAACAAAUUCCCCAGAUCUCAAUCUGAUCGAGCAUCUGUGUGAUGUGCUGGACAAACAAGUCCGAUCCACGGAGGCCCCAUCUCGCAACUUACAGGACUUAAAGGAUCUGCUGCUAAUGUCUUAGUGCCAGAUACCACAGCACACCUUCAGAGGUCUUGUGGAGUCCAUGCCUCUACGGAUCCGUGUUGUUUUGGUGGCAAAAGUGGUACCUACACACUAUUAGGCAGUGGUUUUAAUGUUAUGGCUGAUCAAUGUAUAUGAUUUAAGGCUUAUGGAUUUACUUGGACCUGACAGGUGCUAUCUUAUUAAGAGGAAAAUAAUCACCAUGUCAUGUUUUAUUUAUUUAUUUAUUUUUGCAUUUCUACACACUUAGUGCUCUGUGAUUCUUGGUUCAUCUAAUAAUUAAGGUUUCUACUUUGAACCCUUUCUGAUAGGAAAACAUUUUUGCAUAGAACCAUUGGUUCCCCCAGAGGGACAACCUAAUUUUAAGAAUGUAUAAAUAAUAAAUGUUAAGAAUAAUACAUUAUUGCAAACUCUUCUUAUAUGUUUAGUAUUUUCCCGUUCGAAACAGGAGUUAGAGAGAACUGGUGUUAGUUAGAGAUAUGUUUACACGGAGGGACAGGACGUGACACAAAAUUUAUGCGCAAUUGAUGUGUUUUGCUAUUGCACUAUAAUUCACGUGUCUAUAAGAAAUUUCAGAUAGAUAUCUGGCUAAUGUUAGUACAAUCAUGCAAAUUAUGUUCACCCGUUAUUUUAGUGAUCUAGUCAUAUGUAAAUGAUAUGAUAAGACAUUUUAUGUCAGGAUUUUCUCUUGAUGCUGCUUCCGUUAUAAGCGUGAUGUUUUCCGGGGCGUGUGCUCUGUGGUGACGUCAGUCUCUUCUGAUCCAAUCCGAAACUGCGGUGCAACUUUAAAAUCUGCUUCGAGUCAAACGUCUUCCGCAUAGCAAUGUAGUUACUUAAGUAGAUUAGUAAGUUAACGUUAAAACACUGCUCUCUCAAAUAACUAGUAACUUUAGGUGAUUAUGGAGGGCCUUCACCAGGAGCAGGCCUGCAGCACAGGCAGUGGGCUCAGGAUGUCCGUUCUCCAGAGGAACUCCUCUUCCCUAUUACCAGACCUGUGCCGCAAUUCCUCAGUUUAUAUCGCUGAUGAGACAUUUCCCUACGUGUCAGGAAUCUUUGAUGAGACUAUUGAUCCUUUCAUGUCAAAUGGACCUGAUUUGCCUAAUCAGGUACAGUUAAAAACAUUGACUAAAACUCAGGAUGAAGUCAUUUCAGGUGCUGGAAGUCAAACAAAGGCUACAUACAACAGCAUACCAGUAGAGAAUGGUAAUUUAAUGGAUUUCAGCAUGUCCAUUACAUCUGCACAGGAUGACCCUGAAGACAUUUCUAAUGUAACUGAAUCCAAUCCAAAGGGAGCUAUGCCUGAUGUCAGCUGUAAUUCCCUGGAGUCCACCAGUUGUACAGAAAAAUGUGACUUUGGGAUUGAGUCAACGAACAGUGCUUUUGAUAUGGCUAAAGACCUUAAAGAGAAGUUUUCUGGAUUGAAUUUGACUAAACUUGCUCCCAAUGAAACGACGGGGUCAAGCAAUGCUACUUUUGAAAAGUCAGAAGAACUUCGAGAAAAGUCUGCUGGACUUAGUUGUACUAUUUCUAAUGAUGAUGAUGAUGCAAGUGUGGAAGACAAGCAUUUAAAUGAAAAACUGUUAAACUCAACUGGUGAUGUUUGUGGCCCCUUAAACUCUAGCACAGGACAGCCAGAUCAGAAGCUCAAUGGAACUGUAGAUAUUAUUCAGUCAAUUGGACCUAAACAAGAGCAGAGCAGUGAAGGGUGUUCAUGUAGUAAGGACUAUGUGAAACAAACCACUUUUACAAAGGCUACAGAGGAGACCAAUGCAACUGUUGACUUGACUGCUGGUGUUCCCACAGAAGUUGCUCAGCCACGUUCUGUAAAUGUGCAACCGGUUGACGGAUCAUUCACUAAACCCGAUACAACCACUGACCUCACACCUCCAGAGCUUGUUCCCAACUUGACAAGUACCACUAUGAAUAUGAAUAAAAGCUCUGAUGAAGAAUUACCAAUGCGGUCCAAUACUAACUGUGGUGAGAUGGUAAAAGACCCACUUGUACCUGGUCCGUCAGCUCCAGUCAACCCCGCUGCACCAGUGAGAGUUGAUGUGACCAUUUCCACUAACAGGACUCUAGAUCUUCCUGAGAUUGAAGGUAAAGAAGAGCAACAGUACCAAUUUAGAAGAAGAAAUGAAACUUCUGAUGGUGAAGGUUACCUGAACUUGGACAUCAGCCAAAGUAGUGUGUUUUCAUUGGAUGAGAUGCUUGACUUGAAACCCUGUCCCCUCGUUGCAUCCACACCGAUUGUUCUGGGAAAUGGUUUUGACAGACUGAGAUCUGCAUACCCCACAAAUAUUCAAAAACGACUCUCUGUGAUCAACAGUAACACACAACUGAAUGAUGACACUGCUGGUGUUUGUGAGCAUGAAGGAUCGGAUGCAUCAAAGACUAAUCAGUUGCCUGUCAAGUCUGAGACCUGUAGUCGGAUCCAGAACGUUCCAGCAAACGGCACCUCAGAUUCCACUACCUCUGAAGCAGCGAGUGUGAACAAACCUCCUUUGAAUCUUUCAGUCAGAAGAAAAAUUCCUCAGCCCUCUUUUAAAUCCAAUAUUCCCAAGACCCAGCUUCCGCUAAGGCCUCUCACCUUACAGGUAACGUCAGCAGUGGUUAAAUCAAAGAAUACAGCAUCUCAAACUUCAAAUCAGACAGAGUCAUCCUCAUCUGCUCUGCCCGGCAUGAGGAGGACAGUUCAGCUUAAUAAAGGGAAAACACUCGCUUCUGCGAAGAGCACUUCCACAGCGUCCACUGUAAAGGCUUCAUCUGUGGCUACCUCCAGCAGUACGUGUAAUAUGACCGCAGGAAAGAAAGCAGAUAAAAAGGCUGGAAAUACUUGCAUAACAUUGCCUAAACCCUCUGGGUUUCCACCCCAUGGUCGAGGGAGAUUUGGCCUUAAGCCACCUGGGAGUGCUGUUUCCUCAGAAGAAACUGGUCAUGCUCAGACUAACAAACCAACUAAUUUAUCAGGUAUGAGGACAAGGAAUUCACUGCUUCCAGGUUUUCCCCAAAAGCAUGCAAGCAGCGAUGCCUUGCCAUUGGCAAAAAGGAAGAAAACUGAUCUGCAGAACCAGCCCAGCUGUGCUGAAGCUCCAACAGGCUCAGUGGCAAGAGAAGGUGUUCUGAAGAAUGUAACAGCUCUCACGGGCAUCACUUCAAAGAGACCCAACACUGACUGUGGAAAUUGUACACUACUUCAAGAGAAAUUACACAAAUGUCAUGAAGAACUGGGGGAAUUGCUUGAAGAACUUGGUCGUCUACCAGCAGAUUGUAAAAAGUGUAUCCUGUUUCAACAAAAAUUGGACUCGUAUUUAGAGAAGGUUAAGAGAUUACAAACAGAUCAUCAUUAAGGAACAGGACCUUGGCUGGCCUACACUCAAUGUAUUUUGUGGAUUUAAAAUGUAAUUAUAAUUAAUAAAAGAGUUUAUUAUUUCCCCUAUAUUGUCUCUUUGAACAGAAUAGGUUAACAUCAAAUUGGUUUUAGGUUAGAUUUCAUCCUUGAUGGAACACGUGGCAACAUCUUUUUGUAUUUUGUGAACUUAAUUGAGUCAGAAAAUGUGUUGAUGGUUUUGCACUACACAGCAAGUUAGAACGUGUUAGUGUUUUUGUAAACGAUUUUUCCUAAAACAGAACAUUUCAGAAGGUUUUUAAUAGUAUUUCUGUUUAUUGAUACGUUUAUAUGCAUGGAUACAAUUGCCCUGUAUAAACUGUAUGACAUUUCAAGUAAAAAUAGUCAUUACAGCCA